ACUCUCUCAUCUCUUCCUCCCCACUCCCACUGCCACUGCUCCACCUUCCUCCCGCCCUUAUGGCUAUCAAUUUGGGUAGCAGUGCGUGCUUCUCUGUUUUCGCUCACAAAAGAAUUCAUAAAGUCAGAGCCGUUGCUUCCGAGAGCACUGCUGCUCCCAAAAUUGAGGAAAACAAGGUGAACUUGGGAGGCUCUGAACUGAAGGUCACCAAGCUAGGAAUCGGAGCAUGGUCGUGGGGUGACACUAGCUACUGGAACAACUUUCAAUGGGAUGAUAAGAAAGUGAAGGCUGCUAAAUCUGCGUUUGAUGCCAGUAUUGAUCGCGGUAUAACUUUCUUCGAUACUGCUGAAGUGUAUGGCGCUAAGUUCUCUCUUGGCGCUGUUCAUUCAGAAACUCUAUUGGGAAGGUUUAUCAAGGAAAGGAAAGUAACAGAUCCUGAAUUAGAGGUUGCUGUUGCAACAAAGUUUGCAGCUUUACCUUGGAGGUUAGGCCGCGAAAGUGUCUUAAUUGCAUUGAAGGAUUCCCUUUCUCGUCUUGGGCUUUCUUCGGUAGAGCUUUAUCAACUGCAUUGGCCUGGGAUUUGGGGAAAUGAAGGGUACCUUGAUGGACUUGGAGAUGCUGUGGAGCAAGGCCUAGUGAAGGCUGUUGGUGUUUCCAACUAUAGUGAAAGCCGACUACGUGACGCGUACAGUAAGCUUAAGAAACGAGGAAUUCCACUGGCUUCAAAUCAAGUGAAUUACAGCCUCAUAUAUAGAGCACCCGAGGAGAAUGGUGUCAAGGCAGCGUGUGAGGAACUUGGAGUUACUUUGAUUGCAUAUUCUCCAAUUGCUCAAGGUGCUCUUACAGGAAAGUACACACCCGAAAAUCCACCAACUGGUCCUCGAGGCCAGAUUUACACUCCUGAGUUUCUCACAAAGCUCCAACCUCUGCUUAACAGAAUCAAGGAAAUGGGAGAAAACUACAGCAAAACUCCGACACAGGUGGUCCUGAACUGGUUAAUAGCCCAGGGGAAUAUAGUUCCAAUCCCAGGAGCUAAAACUGCAGAACAGGCUAUGGAAUUUGCAGGUGCACUUGGGUGGAGCCUUUCGAAUGAAGAGAUCAAUGAGCUACGCUCCAUGGCAAAAGAUAUCAAACCUGUCGUCGGCUUCCCUGUCGAGAAAUUGUGAUUCAUGUUCAAACAGAUAAGUAUAGUUACUUUUUAGAAUUAGAAUGUAUAGUUGUUUGAAUGUGAUUGAUUCUAUGUCUGUCAAUUAGCAUCACUGCCAGUAGUUAUGACAAAAAGAAAUCAUAAAAAUGGUUAAUUGUAAAAUAAAUUAUACAUGUGAGUCACGAACUUUUAAAUAUGACUAUAAAUUACCAAUAGUAUUUUUUUUUCGCA